CAUGCUGUAAUGUGACGACAGUUUCAAACCUAUAAAUCACACCUUUUGGCUUAAUUCUCUUCUUUUUAUUCCAAACAAAACAAAGAAAAUGUCCAAUAGCCAAGAAAGACAAGAUGUUGAUACCAUGACACACCCUUCUUUAUACAGAGACAGUGUGAAUUGCAAAGUAGGCCAAAAAAUUGAUAGCGACAUCAAGUGUCAAGAACAAAAGCAAGCAACUAACCAAGCUGAUUGGGAUCUUUAUCCUCAAAUGAUUCGUAAAGUCGAAAACGAAGGCAGUCCAAAAGACGUUGAACAUCUCCAUCAAUUGGAACACACUCAAUAAUUGUAAAUAAUAAAUCUUU